GCAGCAUGAGCAGCUCCACAGUGCACUGGAGCCCUGGUGAGGCAAGCCUCUCCCGAGCCAGCCUCAACACGCUGCUGCAACCCGGGGACAAGCUAGAUGUCACCGAAGCCAUGAUGAAGGCUGCCACCAUUGGACGUGCCGCAGAGAUUGGAAAUGGUUGGGAGCCUCCAGGCAUGAUUUCCAGAAAGAUAGCCAGCAUUCUAAGCAGCAGGAGUCCAGGCUCCCAAGGCCCAGCGGCCUCUUUAGGCGCUUUCGCAGCAUUGCUGGAGGGAUCGUCCGGGGCAGCGCCACAGCCACCAGCGCCCCAGGUCAAGGUGAUGAAGUCGGCCUCAUUGCCAACCCUUCAGCGUUCAUCUCCACCAUUUAAGACCAAUUGGGCCACAAUGGUACCACGUCGACAGCCUGCAGAUGGCAAAUGA